AAAACACCCAAACACCCAUCAGGAGAAGUAGAUCCAGCCGUUAGUCAAAGUGGCGACGCAAAGCCUCGUAUUCUAGAUUUUCUGUCAAGCCUUCUGAUUCUAACUUCUGGACAAUGGCGACCUACAAUAAUAAUGUCUCAAUUACAGUUUCCGACGGAGAAUCCGACGAGCUAGCCGGGAGAAUAAUGACGCGAGCCCGCCGGAAGCGGAAGAAACCGAUGAGCCGAGGAAAGAACCGAUUCCCACGACGAGUCAUCCAGCUGCUUCUCAAGUGGUGGCAUGUCCCUUUCUUUGUUUUGGCUGCUGGACUUCUCAUCUUUGAGGCUUCCCGUAUCAAUUGGAAAUCUGGUCCCCAUGUUAGAACAGAUUCGGAUCCGAAAAAACAGGAAAUGAGAAAACCGUCUGAGAAUUUGGGUCGUAUGGAUCCAGUAACUCAUGUUCAUGGUGGAGUUAGAGAACGUUGCUUGAAGCUCUUAUCUCCUGAAAAACUUGAGCAACUGGAUUUUCCAAUCGAGAAUUCACAUAUCGAACCAAUUAAAAGUGUAGUAUACCUCUCAGAUGCUAACAAAGGAGGUGACCUGGCACUGGUUCAACAAUUCUCAAACUCUAGCAGAUUUAAUUUAUUCACAGGAGGUCAAUCACUUAAGCAAAGGGAUGAAAGCUUUAAGGUUAAUGAAACAGCUAUUGUCAACUGUGGCUUUUACAGUGAGGUGGCAGGAGGGUUUAGGAUUUCUCAAGAAGACAAACAGUAUAUGCAAUCUUGCAAGGCCGUGGUGUCAACUUGUGCGUUUGGCGGUGGAGAUAAUCUUUACCAACCAAUAGGGAUGUCAGAGUCAUCUCUCAAAAAGGUUUGCUAUGUGGCGUUUUGGGAUGAAAUUACACUUGUAGCACAACAGGCAGAAGGUUAUACUGUUAGUAGUGACCACUAUAUUGGAACGUGGCGCAUUAUACUGGUCAAGAACCUACCUUUCAGAGACCAAAGGUUGAAUGGCAAAAUCCCAAAGAUGCUGCCACAUCGGCUCUUUCCAAAUGCAAGAUAUUCCAUUUGGGUGGACUCAAAAUCCCAGUUUAGGAGAGACCCUUUGGGUGUGUUUGAAGCCCUGCUCUGGCGCUCAAAUUCUGUACUAGCGAUUUCAGAACACGGGGCCCGCAGCAGCGUAUAUGAUGAAGCAAAGGCUGUUGUCAGAAAAAAUAAGGCUACCCCUGAGGAGGUGGAGGUACAAUUAACUCAGUAUCGCAAGGAUGGUCUCCCUGAGGAUAAAAGGUUCAAUGGAAAGAAAGCGCUUGCGGAGGCAUCAAUUAUAGUGAGGGAGCACAAUCCAACUACUAAUCUAUUCAUGUGCCUUUGGUUUAAUGAGGUGGUGCGCUUCACAUCGCGCGACCAACUAAGUUUUCCAUAUGUUCUUUGGAGGACUCUAAAGGUGAUGAAGAAUGUAAUACACAUGUUCCCAGUUUGCACACGAAAGGAUCUUGUAAAUAGCAUUGGUCAUGUUCGCAAGCCAAAACCUCUACUUACAAACUGAUUAUUCGUUUUGUGUUUAAUGGGACAUUUGUUUAGCUCCAUUUUGAAUAGUGUUUUCUUAAUUAAAGCUACUCUUAUCUCUGUCUUUGUUGGAAUUCAUUUUUCUUGGCAGUUCUUUGUAUUUGUUUCCUUCAUAUUAGUCAGUUAUUUCAGAUUUAUUGUUACUACGUACAAUUUAUCAUUAGGUAAAAACCAAACUUCUCAUAAUUUUCUUAACAACGCUUAUAGACAAUUCUCC